UGAUGAUGAGAAGACUGCGUUGCACUCCAUUGAUUAUGGUGGCUGAGAUUCAGCGCAAUGAUGAAAUCUGUUGGUUCGAGAAAGUUGAUGAAGUCUCCUAGCUUCAACGGGAGGGAACUGGAGACCACAAUCACAAUUGAAACUCCUUUGGAUAUGGAAGAUCAUGUAGUUGUCAGAACUCUCAGCCGUAAGAACCAGGAAAUCCUUGAACAAUUGCCAACAGCAGAUGGCAUGCCAGAGAAAAACUUUCAGAUUCCAUUGUUGGAGUCAGGGAACCAAAGACAUCAUGCUGCAGUGAAGCUGCAGAAGACAUACAAAAGUUUCCGAACCAGAAGACAACUGGCGGAUUGUGCAGUUUUAGUUGAGCAGAGAUGGUGGAAGCUAUUAGAUUUUGCUGUACUCAAGAGCAGUUCUAUAUCAUUUUUUGAUAUUGGGAAAUCCGAAACUGCUGUAUCACGUUGGUCAAGAGCAAGAACCAAAGCUGCCAAGGUGGGGAAAGGUUUGUCGAAGGAUGACAAGGCACGCAAACUUGCUCUACAACAUUGGCUUGAGGCAAUAGAUCCUCGGCAUCGCUAUGGUCAUAAUCUUCAAUUUUACUACGCGAAGUGGUUACAUUGCGAGAGCAAACAACCCUUCUUCUACUGGCUUGACAUAGGAGAAGGUAAAGAAAUAACUCUUGAAAGAUGUCUUCGAUCAAAGCUGCAACAACAAUGCAUCAAGUAUCUUGGUCCGAUAGAGAGAAAGGCUUAUGAAGUUGUACUGGAAAAUGGGAAGUUCAUCUACAAGCAGAGCAGGGAGAUUCUCAAUGCCAGAGGAGGAUCUGAAGAAGUCAAGUGGAUCUUUGUACUCAGUGUGUCGAAGAACUUGUAUGUUGGGCAGAAGAAGAAGGGCACAUUUCAACAUUCUAGUUUCUUGGCUGGUGGAGCGACAUUAUCUGCUGGGAGAUUAGUAGUAGAAGACGGUAUUCUAAAGGCUGUUUGGCCUCACAGUGGACAUUAUCUCCCUACGCAAGAAAAUUUCGAGGCGUUCGUGUUAUUCCUUAGAGAACACAGAGUAGAUCUCAGUAUUGUCCAGAAAAGCCCGAGAGGUGAGGAAGAAGAAGCCUUUGGCAAAGGUGCUGGUGGUUUGGCAUGCGAAACAGCAUAUCAGUACCAGAUUUUGUUUUUUCCAGGGAAGAAACCAAUACCAAAAUGUUGGAUAGAGAGAAGGAUAAUUCGAGAAAACAAUAUUUUAAUGAUGCAGAAAAUUUGCAUCCACCCUUAUCAAGGUGGUCUAGAGGAUUGCGCUCGAGGAUAACUACUCUAGAAAUCCCAAAGAGGGAAAACAUAUUAGAGAUGUUCAAGAAGGAAGGACAACGAGGGCCACGUGGCAGCACUCACCCUGUGGAAUGUCUGUCAGAUGACUAUGAAACAGCUGAAGAAUAUUUAUCAGAUGAAGAAUUUAUCGUUUCCAAACAGAGUUUGUUUGACGAAGAUGAAGAACAAGAAUAUGAAGAACCCAUCCCACAAGAAAAGAUUAUUAGAAGGAUAAAUUCACAUAAAGGAAUGAAGUCAUUUCAGUUGGCUCAGCAAUUAUCUUGCAGGUGGACAACAGGAGCUGGGCCGCGGAUUGGGUGUGUGAGGGACUACCCAUCAGAGCUCCAAUUUCGGGUUUUAGAGGAAGUGAACUUGUCUCCAAGGCCUGCUGCUUUUUCCUCUCCCAGGAGAUCAACCACUCAUAGUCCAAGGGUUCCAACUCAAACCAACUUGUGUAGAGAAACAAUAGCCAGGAGUCCACUCACUUCAGAUCAAUCCAUUCUCUCCCAAACCGCAACACCUUAAAGUUAUAGAGAUGGAAACAGAAAUCUUGACUGAUUGUUGUCUUGCUGAAACUGACAAGAUUUUGAAGUUGUUUUGCAUACUUUCAUAUACUUUUUUUUUGACUUAAAUUCUUU